ACACACUCAUCAAAAAAAUUGGAUUAUUAGAAGAGAGAGGUCUGUGGCUUCCACACCGUGGUUUUUCUUCUCGGUAUAAAAGCAGUUGUUUUUGAUAUGUGACAGUUUCCCACAAGCCAGGCUGAUCCUUUUCUGUCGGUCCACUUCAUCAAGCCUGCCCUUGGACAAGGACCCAAUGCCCAACCCCAGGCCAGCCAAGCCCGCAGCCCCUUCCUUGGCACUCGGCCCAUCCCCAGGAGCCUCGCCCAGCUGGAGGGCUGCACCCAAGGCCCCAGACCUGCUGGGGGCGAAAGGCCCCGGGGCAACGUUCCAGGGCCGGGACCUCCGAGGUGCCCAUGCCUCCUCCUUGAGCCCCAUGCCACCAUCGCAACUGCAGCUGCCCACAGUGCCCCUGGUGAUGGUGGCACCCUCCGGAGCCCGGCUGGGCCCGUCACCCCACUUGCAGGCACUCCUCCAGGACAGGCCUCACUACAUGCACCAGAUCUCAACAGUGGAUGCCCACGCCCGGACCCCGGUGCUGCAGGUACACCCGCUGGACAGCCCGACUAUGAUCAGCCUCCCACCACCCACUGCUGCCACCGGCGUCUUCUCCCUCAAGGCCCGGCCUGGCCUGCCACCUGGGAUCAACGUGGCCAGCCUGGAGUGGGUGUCCAGGGAGCCAGCACUGCUCUGCACCUUUCCAGGCCCCAGUGCACCCAGGAAGGACAGCACCCUCUCAACCGCGCCCCCGGGCUCCUACUCACUGCUGGCCAAUGGUGUCUGCAAGUGGCCUGGAUGCGAGAAGGUCUUCAAGGAGCCGGAAGACUUCCUCAAGCACUGCCAGGCGGACCAUCUCCUGGAUGAGACAGGCAGGGCACAGUGUCUCCUCCAGAAGGAGGUGGUACAGUCUCUGGAGCAGCAGUUGGUGCUGGAGAAGGAGAAGCUGGGUGCGAUGCAGGCCCACCUGGCCGGGAAGGUAGCCCUGACCAAGGCGCCAUCUGUGGCUUCAUCUGAUAAGGGCUCCUGCUGCAUCGUAGCUGCUGGCACCCAGGGCACUGCCGUCCCAGUCUGGCCUGGCCCCCAGGAGGCCCCCGAAGGCCUGUUUGCUGUACGGAGGCACCUCUGGGGCAGUCAUGGACACAGCACUUUCCCAGAGUUCUUCCACAACAUGGACUACUUCAAGUUCCACAACAUGCGGCCCCCUUUCACCUACGCCACCCUCAUCCGCUGGGCCAUCCUGGAGUCUCCUGAGAAGCAGCGGACACUCAACGAGAUCUAUCACUGGUUUACACGCAUGUUUGCCUUCUUCCGAAACCACCCUGCCACCUGGAAGAAUGCCAUCCGACACAACCUGAGCCUGCACAAGUGCUUUGUGCGGGUGGAGAGUGAGAAGGGGGCGGUGUGGACCGUGGAUGAGUUCGAGUUCCGCAAGAAGAGGAGCCAGCGGCCCAGCAGGUGUUCCGACCCCACACCUGGUCCCUGACCUCAAACCCCAGGAAAGAAGGAAGGAAGGAAGGAUGGGACAAAGUCAGGGGGAGGGGUGCCCAGCCCUGGACAUGAGGUGUGCAGUCUGGCCUGCCGGUGACCCUACUCCCCAGCUGACGGCGCUCCUGGAUCACAUGCCCUACACCAAGGUGCUCCAAGGGGCCCAGCCCCGAACCCCCACCCAGGUGGGGGGGUCUCCAGCCAAACUGAGCCUCCACACCCAAACGUACCCAGCCUGCCUCAGUCACUCUCACAGGCAGCCUCGGGGCUGGAGAAGCCCCACAGUCAGUCACAGGCAGUCACAACCCUGCCCUUGGAUGCCACACAAACCCCCAAACACAAAAGCCUGUCUCAGCACACCCAAACCUGCAGUCACACCAUCAGCCCCAAGAAGCACAGGCCCAUCAACCCACACCCACAGCAGCCUCUGGACCCAGAGAUGCACACAGGCUGCACCCAGACACCCACGCAGAAGUAGCCUUGGUACCCUCAGGAUGGCAAGUCCCAGCAAAGCAGACACACAGUGGUCACGCAGCAUCAUAUAGUUUCCAAUGCACGCCCGGUCACACCGCCCAUUAAAAUUCGCCUAGACAUCCGGUGUGCACAUGCUCCUAUGCAGAACCCCAGUGCGCCCUGAGUCCUGCUCAGACAUGCCUGGACACACACAC